AGAGCAAGUAAAAGAGAAUGUUGAGCGUCUAUAUUGAUUUUUCACGGUCUCAAAGCUCAGUCAGUGUUUGUCCAUCGGGUAUUGCAUCUCGACGUUAAGUAAUAAAUUUGUAGGAAAAUUUUCUAUAUAAAUUUUUUCAUGGGAAAACCAUAAAAUAUUCCAUUAAGCGAUAAAUUGGAGUGAAGAAAAAACAGGGAGUGACCUUUCCUGUCGAUUUUCUCACGCAAUUUUUUGUGAUUUUUCGUGCUCAAAGAACUUUUAGGAAGACAACUUUUUUUUUAGGGUGGGCAAAAAUGGUGAAAUUGAAGUAGAAUUUGUUUCAAGAAGCAUUUCUGUGGGCGACACUGAAGUGGCGAGGACUUGAGAAUUCACAAGACGUUUGUUAUGUGAAAGAGGAAAAAAAAUCGAGAAAUUCUUGUGAUUUUAGUCAUUUAAAAAAUUUUAUGUGAUUUUGAUGUAAAAGUAGAUUUAUUUUUGUGUGAUUUUGAAGAGAAAAAGAAAAAGUUUGUGAAAAAGUUAAGAUAAUUGUGGUGAAAAUGGCAGCAUCAACAUCCAUUGUACUAAAGAGUUUAUCAAUUCUCUUGGGACUUUUCUUCAUUUUCAUCGGUACAAUGAAACUCAGUCCGUACUUUAGCAAAGAAUUGCACAGAGAUUUGCGGAAGGAGUAUGUGAAAUAUGCUAAAGUUUUCCCUCUGGCAUCAGUGUUUGACCUCAAAAUCCCAUCCAAAUGGUAUAGACGAGUGGUUGGUAUUCUCGAAGUGAUUUGUGGACUUGCCAUGGUGUUUGUACCAUUUCAUAAAAUUAAAAAUGCUGCCAAUAUUACAUUACUUGCACUCAUGCUGCUUGCUGUAUACUCACAUUACAUGGUGAGUGAUCCUUUUGAGAGAUCCGGACCAGCUCUCGUCUUCACAUUUAUGCUAGGCGGGAGACUCGUGGUUUGGUAUCAGAUAAAUCGACGUGAAAUGGAAGCUGCUGCAGCUGCUCAAGCUACAGCAAAUGGUCUCAAGCAGGAGUAGAGAGUGCUAUUGGUAGCUAAGGAAUGAUAAAAGAAAAUCACAGACUUAGGAUGUAAGAUCUUUAAUUGUAAUAAAUUGAAGGAAGAAAAUCCCAUUAUGACUGAUUCACCAUAUUGUGUUAUAUUUUGAGUAAAAUUCAAAAACACAUCUCUCUUCCACAACCACUUAAUUUAAUAUUCCUUGCUGAAUUUCCACUUUAUGGAGAGUGAUAGCAAUAAAUUGGAUUUUAAUGUGAAAGAUGAUAAAUGUGUAAGAAGAACUUACAGUUGGUCUCAGUGAAACAUUUGGAAGAUGGUUUCUUAUUCGAAAAUGUAUUGAAUAAACCUUAAUGAGAACACAAUAAAGAGGAACAUCGAUAAAAUUUAGGAUGAGAAUUUGUAUUCUCAACAUCAUUAAAAAAUAAAAAGAAAUAUUUAGUCACUGAAUUUAGAUGAUAUUACCAAAUGUAUAGUGUCGAAUUUUGCAAGCAAAUUGUCGUGGUUUUGAUAAAUUGUAUUGCACUUGGAGAAUAAAUGGAAGGAAUUUGAUUAAGACACAAAAAA